AUGGGUGAUUUCAACUCAGUUUUGAAUAGUGAUGACAGAAUUGGUAGAAAUCCAGUAAGCAUGGCUGAAAUAGUAGACUUCCAUACUUGCGUGGAAGCAUGUGGGGUGAUGGAGAUGCCUAGGAAAUGGAAUAAAUACACUUGGAAUGACAGAGGGGACACUAGAGUAUUUUCCAAGAUUGAUUGGGUGUUUAUCAAUAAUGAGUGGUUGACAAAUAUGCUUGCUUUUUGUGCUAAUUUCUUACCAGAAGGUGUGAGUGAUCACAACCCAGUGAAAAUCGCCCUUCUAAAUAGUCCAAGGAGAACCAAACCUGCUUUCAAGUAUUGCAAUGUUUGGGCAAGUCAUCCAAAAUUCUUAGACAUAAUGCAAGAGGAGUGGAAUCAUGGUGUUGAGGGGUAUGAGGAUAGGCUUGCUCUUGCUCAAGCUCAGGCUCCAUUACACCUACAGCCUCUGGAUAGAACUUUACAACAGCAAGAAAAGCUGCAAUAUCUGAAAUUUAAGAGAUUUUCAUACUUGGCUGAGAUUUUUCUACAACAAAUGAGUAAAGCAGCUUGGAUUAAACUUGGAGAUGACAAUACAAGAUAUUUUUUCUCAGUCAUUAAACACAUGAAGUUACAACAGACUAUCAUACAAAUGAAGGAUAGUGAUGAUGUGGUGCAUAAUGAUCAGCAAGCAAUAGCAAACAUCUUUGUGGAAUACUACAAAAAUUUACUUGACACCAAAGAAAGGCAUAGAACUAAGCAUGUGGGAGUUUUCUAA